AUGGCAAAUAAAGCGCUGAUUCCGGUCCUGGUCACGAUGAUGCUCGUGACUGGGGUUUGCAAUACGAUUCUUAACAAGUAUCAGGACAUGCAAUGCGUGCGAAACUGCGAUUCCCCCGAUCCCAAGGAUCGUCAUACUUUCGAACAGCCUGUUAUCCAGACCUUGCAGAUGUUUGUUGGAGAAAUGGGGACUUGGCUCGUCGUGUUUAUCUCCUUCGUCUAUCGAAGCUGUAUCUCGCCACGCCUGUCUCGUCACGGCUCAUCGCCUCUUUUGGCCGGUGGAUAUCACCCAGUAAAUUCGAACGAGGAGGCCGACGACGGUAAUGAAAACGGUACGAUCAACGGCCAUUACUCCUAUGGCCCUUCGGAGCCCGAUGAUUGGGACGACGGACGUAUCCGUCUCCGCGGCUGGAAAGUCUUUCUUCUUGCUGCACCAGCGUGCUGUGACAUUGCGGGUACGACGCUCAUGAAUGUCGGCCUACUCUUUGUUGCCGCCAGCAUCUACCAGAUGACCCGUGGAGCUCUGGUGCUCUUCGUGGGUCUCUUCAGCGUUCUUUUCCUCCAUCGGAAACUCUAUCUUUACCAGUGGAUCUCACUGUGCGUGGUGGUCCUCGGCGUCGCGCUGGUCGGUCUUGCGGGUGCGCUGUUCGAUCACCAAGGUCAGGACCUGACGCAGGAGAGCACCUUGUAUGCUGCUGCGGUUCAAGUACGGGCUGUUGCGCGAACCUCGGAAGCGGUGCAGGCCAUCAUCGGGGUUCUCCUCAUCGCCGCUGCGCAGAUCUUCACGGCCUCGCAAUUCGUGUUGGAAGAAUGGAUUCUGGAAAACUAUGCCAUGGAUCCUCUCCGGGUGGUCGGGUGGGAAGGCAUCUUCGGCUUUUCCGUUACUGUCGUGGGGAUGAUCAUCUUGUAUUUUGCCGUUGGACGAACAGAAGCAGGUCGAUACGGUUACUUUGAUGCGAAGGAGGGAUGGAGACAGGUCUUGGAGAACCGUGCGGUUGCUGUUUCUAGCUUGUUGAUUAUGAUUAGUAUUGGGGGAUUCAACUUCUUCGGUCUUUCCGUCACGCGAAACGUCUCCGCCACAUCCCGGAGUACCAUUGACACCUGCCGGACGCUCUUCAUCUGGCUCGUGUCACUAGUCCUGGGAUGGGAAUCCUUCAAGUGGCUACAGGUAUUGGGCUUCGCAUUGCUCGUGUACGGAACCUUUCUGUUCAACGAUAUCAUCCGUCCGCCGCUGAAAGCUUGCUUUCCUCGCGAGGUGACAGAGAGGGAGAUGUUAUUACCGGAAGAGCCGAUUGAACAUCUCUAA